AAGAGUUUACACACAUCACACCUACCCUCCCCCUGAAUCUCGUGUUUCGUCGGUGGUGGGAAUUAUUCGCGUAUAAAAUUAACCGUCGACAUUUCGACAUCGACAGUCCGGUUUCAAAUACCCCAAAUAUUACACGACCCAUCUCAUCUCGUCUCUUCUGGUGCACCGUACCAUUUUAAUUUGUUUAUAUUUGAUUAUUUUUUUUGAAAAAUACAUUUAAAAAUCAGUGAUUGGAAGGAGUUAAAGCCAAAUCGGACGCGAAAUCGCAGCAGCAGCAUUCAGUUACAAACCGGAUUAUGAUCGGAUAGUGUGCUGCUUCCCCGAGCAAACACCCUCCUCGUAUCACACCCAACUGGAUCAAAAUGAGAAGAAACCCUUUCAUCCCCAGCAUGGUGCAAGCAAUCACUGUACUCACAGUCCUCAAGAUGAUGACCAAAGCUCAAACUUCGUGCGGUUCGGGCUCGAUGAACGGCAAAGUUAUGUACGAACGAUUGCCCAACACUCAGCUGCAAGCUUUCGACGAUGACAUAGUCCGGGACACUGCACCACCCUUCAUGGUAUUAGAGAAAUGCCAAGACCUCUGCAUACGCGAUAGAUCUUCCAACAAUAUAGUGAGAACGUGCACCUCCAUCGAUUUUCAGCCGGGAAGCAGAAUAGCCAACUUCAACGGAGGACCAGAGUACGAGGAGUCUACCUGUUACCUAACUAGAGAACAGGGAAGACCCGAAGGCAUCGGUAACCUGGUGCUGGUCCCAAACAGCGUGCACUUCACAGAAAUCUGCAUCACUUCUAACCGUCCAGAGAGGGAGUGUCCAAAUAGACGGUACAUCUUCGAGCGACAUCCUCGGAAAAAGCUGAAGCUACCUGCAGCCGAUGUCAAGGAGAUGGCGGCCACGAAUCGCAGCGAAUGCGAGGAUAAAUGUCUGAACGAGUUCAGCUUUGUUUGUCGCUCAGCCACCUUCGACGCCGACAUGCACAUGUGCACCCUGAGUCGCUUCACCCGUCGCACCCACCCGGAGAUGCUUGAGGAUGACCCCAACUCUGAUUACUUGGAAAACACAUGCCUCAAUGCCGAACGUCGAUGCGACGGUUUGGCGGUCUUCAUUAAAGAGGAGAAUAAGCGACUAGGCGGACCCUUCGAAGUGGACUUCUUCACCAACAUCACAUUAGAGGACUGCCAGGCGAUGUGCGUUCGCGCUGAAAAGUACUUUUGCCGCUCCAUCGAGUACGACGAGAUGACUAAACAGUGCACCGUCUCCGAGGAGGAUUCCGUUUCGCAGAAGGACGAUAUCGGCGUCAGCAGCAGCCCCACACAUCACUUCUACGAUUUCGCCUGCUUGGAUAGUCAGAAUGGUUCGUUCGCAGCUCGAGGAUCCGAGUAUCCGGAUAAUUCGGUCACUUCACAUCUUUUCACUGGGAAACGACCGGACACCGCCUUCCAGAGGUACAGAAACAGUCGCUUGGGCGGUGAGCAUCAAUCCGAGUUGUCGGGAAGAUCGCUGAGCGAAUGCCUGGACGAGUGCCUGAGGCAGCCAAGCUUCCAAUGCAGAUCGGCCGUGUACAGCGACAGAUACAGGACUUGCAGAUUGAGCAAAUACAACAAGAAGGAUGGCAUGAGGAUUAUCUACGAUGCGGAUUACGAUUACUACGAAAAUUUAAUGCUUGGUGGUGAAUCGGAUGCUGGAAGCACUCAAAGACCGGGAGAAAGACCUUACAGACCUGGUGCAGGAACUGGAAGACCUUCCGGACGACCGGGAUUCGAUGAUGGGCAUAGGCCCGGUGGUGGUAGACCCUGGGAUGAUAGGUACUAUCCAGGAGGUGGUGAUAACAGAAAUCAAGGCGACGAUAAUAGGUUUCCUCCGUCUAGAGAUAGAUUUCGACCUGAUGAUAGGUAUCCAUCAUCAGGAGAUGAUAGGUCAUCUUAUCCAUCAAGACCUGAUUACAAUCAUAGACCUGGUGAUGAUGGCGGUGACAGGUAUCGUCCGGGCGGUGAUAGAUAUCUUCCUGGAGAUGAUAGAUUUCCGAAUGACAAUAGGUUACCACCUCCUUAUCCGCCAGCGUCGAGACCAGGAGGAGGAGGCGAUAGAUACCUACCGGCAAGCGACAGAUACCCAGGAGACGAUAGAUUACCAUUACCACCAAUAAGACGACCGGGUGGUGGAAAUCGUUAUUCACCUGAUUACAACAGACGUCCAGGUGGAGGAGGUGAUAGAUAUCUUCCCGACUACAAUUCUAGACCUGGUGGAAACGACAGAUAUCCUCCAAUCGAUGAUAACAGAUUACCUUAUCCACCACCACCACCACCAUCGCCCAACAGGUACAUACCGAGAGAUCGACCACCAAUCGACGGUUACUUACCGUAUCCACCGAGCAGAUACGACGAUCGACCAGGAGGAUCCAGAUACGAUGAGCCGUACAGUCCACCAUCUCGCAACAGAUACGGAGGUGGAGAUCGCGACCGAGACGAUGCUUUGGAUCGAGGAAGACCUUCUUACGAUGAUCGCUAUUUACCGGGCCGCAACAAUUGGAGGUAUCCGGAUCGUAGCAGACCAUCAUCUUCUUCGAGAGCAGGUGGAUACCAAGACAGGUACGAUGAUCGAGACCGUUACAACGUGGACAGAGAUCGCGAUCGUUACGGAAGUAACAGAGGAGGAGGAGACAGAGAUAGGAAUAGAUUUGGAGAUCGUUACGGAGGUGGAAGAUACAGCGGCAACAAGAACGGAGUGAGCUAUUACGGCGACGACAGAGAUGGUGGAAAUCGUUGGUUCUUCAGACCGGAUCGUCGACCAAACGGAAGACCUUACGAUGAACGUCCUGCACGACCGGAUGAAAGACCACCUCCACCACCACCAUUUUCCGGCGCUCACCAUAGACCGUAUUCCCCGGGGCCUGACGGUCCCAUCUACGAUGGAGUUAACAACAGACCUUUUUCAACUAGAUGCGACGACGGGGAUAGUUUCAAGCAGGUCGGAACCAGGCAAAGAAUACGCAAGGACUACGUGAGACGUUUCACCGUGGCCACAACCCUUGAUCAGUGCGAGAGGGAAUGUCUUGACUCUCGCGAUUUCAUUUGCAGAUCAUUUAAUUUCCGAGAUGGGCCACCGCCGUUCGAAACUGAACGUGAGAACUGCGAACUGAGUGAUCGCGAUUCACGCGAUUUCGAAGGUGCUAAUCCGCAGUUCUUCGACACCACCACCGGAAACUUCGACUACUACGAAAGAUCAAACAGCAGACAAGGAGGUGACGCAGAUUGUUUAGAUGUGACUCAAGUGUGUAAUGAAGACGGUAUGGAGUUUACUCUAAGGACGCCUGAAGGAUUCUACGGCAGGAUCUACACGUACGGCUAUUACGAUCGAUGCUUCUUCCGGGGCAAUGGAGGUACUUUGAAUGUUCUAAGGAUAAGCGGAGCUCAGGGUUAUCCGGAAUGUGGCACCCAACGCUACGGAGAUACCAUGACCAACAUCGUGAUCGUCCAGUUCAGCGAUUUCGUUCAGACUGGAAAGGACAAAAGGUUCAAUCUGACCUGCUUGUUUAGAGGUCCCGGUGAGACGGUAGUCAAAUCGGAAUACAUUGGAGCUGGCAGUUCGGGAAGUCCCAUUCCCAUCGAGUAUUUACCAGCGGAGAACAGCUGGAGCAACAAGGUGCGAUUGAUGAUCCUUUACCAAGGUAGACCGACAACGACCAUAGCAGUAGGAGAUCCGUUGACCUUCAGAUUGGAGGCGCAGGAUGGAUACAACUACGUGCAGGAUAUAUUCGCUACGAAUGUGGUAGCAAGAGAUCCGUACACAGGAAGAUCGGUGCAACUGAUAGAUAGAUAUGGAUGUCCGGUUGAUAGUUACGUCUUCCCGGAAUUGGAUAGAGGCAGGAGCGGAGAUACACUGGAAGCGCGAUUCAAUGCGUUCAAAAUCCCCGAAUCUAACUUCUUGGUAUUCGAGGCAACGGUGAGAUCCUGCAGGGAAGGUUGUCAACCGGCAUAUUGUCAAUCUUCGCAGAGUGGUCGUUCCGAGCCAUCCUUUGGUCGCAGGAAGAGAGAAACCAUUAAUGGUACCUAUAAUAUAGCUUACGGUGGAAACGACAGCAACAACAACAACGUUACGAGUGUUGAGGAUGACAUGCAGAAGAGAGUAUCUGAAAACGACAACACCACCAUUUCUUCUGUUCAACAAAACAAAGCCGAAAAUGAUGAAGAUAGUGAGAGCGUCACGAAGGAGGCCGAAGCGCCAGAGUUCGUGCGCGAGAUGAUCGAAGUUUUUGAGUCCAGGGAGGAACUGCAGCAGGAGGCCAGAAGGGCGGUGCCCCUUACAGAAACGGUCUGUAUUACCAACGGAGAGUACCACGGCCUAAUUAGUGCCAUCCUCGUACUCGCCGCCAUUCUAAUUACAAUAUCGUUACUAGCUGGCCUAGCGUACAGACGCUACUGGUCCGUGAUGCAUAAGAAUAUCCUAGCAGAUCGUUCCUCCUCGUCACGUCUCUCAUCCUACCCCCCUACGACGACCACCCGGAGCGGAUCAGGGCUAUCCAUCUUCGGAGGAGGAGGAGGCGGCGGCUUCCAGAAACCUUUCAACGGAUUUGUGAGGUCCCGAAACUUUCCCGGUCUUUCCAAAGAUUCGGACCUUGAGUGCUCUCUGCCUGCACCUGGUGGACCUUUCGAGGAUCCCAGCGAACCCAUCUACACGGACCCAUCACUCUUCGAACGAUCCCGCAGCCUUCGCAGUAUUGCCGUCUCCCAAAAGAGACGACACUCACCGGGACCACAACAGCAAUGAACAAACAGCAAUCAUAAUAAUUAGUAUUUAAGUCGCGUGCAUGCAUGGAAGGUGGACGAAGUGUUGAAGAAUGUUGUAAGAUAUUGUUCAAUAAGUAAUUUUAGGUAUUUAUUAGCACAAGAGAAACAAAAACAUAUGGUUCAUUUAAUGUAGACAUAAAUCCACAAAUCUGAUAUGAUGUAUGACCAUGGAUAUAAUUGUUACUGCCCCAAUUGUAUUAUCUUCUUUAGCAACAAAUAGGAUUAUUAUUAUUAGCCAGGACUUGUAGAACGAAGAGAGAACUUGAAGUAUUAAAUAGCUCAUAUGAAGUGAUUUGUGAUUUUGUACGUUCAUUUUAUAGCAUAGUCCUAUAAUUAUUAAUAUUUUUGAUAUAACUUAGAUUAACAAUUAAUUAUUUCUUAACAAUUUGACGCACGAAACUCACGUACAUAACUAUGCAAUUUCCACGUGAAAUGCAUAAAAGAAUGAUUGUAAAUACAUGGAAAAUAUUUAGUUGCAAUAAAGAUACCAGAA